UAUUAUAGUGGCUGAUCCGAUCCAACUCGUCUUCACUCUGCAACUGGGAGUGAGUAUGAAAUUAUAGGCUCGAAAAGAAGAAAUCAACAAAAAGAUUUCGGUUCCUUUUGCCUUUUUCUUGGUCGAUUUCAUCUUCCUUUAUACUUUACCUUUUGCGAGAAUCAUUACAACCUUUUCAAUCCGAACUUCUCUUUCUCGUAAAUCCAACACUGGUUUGAUUGAGUUUAUGUAAGUUUUCGUAAACAAACAAAAAUUAUCCAAUGGCUGUUUGGAAAGGUGGAGUUGAUUAGGUGAUAAUGGAGAUGCACAGGGAAAAGGAGGAAGCCAGUAAAAGUGGCCUACUGAUCUCCAUUUCUUGUUUGCACUGAAAUCAUACUGCCCUAGCUCACUGAUUUCUUCAAUUCUGACAUUCUGAAUCUAUGGAGGAAUCAUUUGUGGUUGAUGUUCUAAACGACGAACAUAAGGUGGAAGAGAAUGCUUCGUCGAAACCAUUUCUUGAGGUUUCGGUUUCUUUUGGUAGGUUUGAGAAUGAUAUACUGUCUUGGGAGAAAUGGUCGACUUUCUCUCCCAAUAAAUACUUGGAAGAAGUUGAGAAGUAUGCAACGCCCGGAUCUGUUGCUCAGAAGAGGGCUUACUUUGAAGCCCAUUACAAGAAGAUAGCUGAUAGAAAGAAGUUAUUGGAGCAAGAGAGGGAAAUGGAAGGCAAUACAACAAUAUCAAAUGAACUGGACGAUGGAGGAGAUGUAAUGGACCUGACUGAAAGGGUUGAUUCUGAAUCUGAGAAGUCGAACCCCCAAGUUUCUGCUGAAGAAGUCGAGCAAGAUACGACAUUGAUUGGUGAGGUCAGUAGUGUUUGUCAAGAAGUGGUGAAGGAUGAUGUUGGAAGUAUUGCAGAAUCUGAAAGCUCAUCAGCUGUUGAAAAGGAAGAACCGGAUAGCAAAUCAUAUUGUGUUGAUUCUCAGAUUAGCAAACAAGAAGAAGUUGUCAUUAAAGAAGUAGAAAUGCCUCCAAAUGAACCCCAAACCGUCAAGCAACCUCCACAAAAGUUGGUCAAUAAAAUAUCGACAGUGUCUAAAGUCAAACGACAGGUUCUAAAACCAAAUCGACCAAUCGAAUCUAAGAAGACCACUCCAGUAGUCAAGGAACGAAACAUUGCAAGUGCCAAGAAGAAACCAGUGACAUCAACGGCCAAGACACCCAAGAUUUCCACCCCCAAACCCGCCAAGACAACACCAGGACCCAGCACACCUGCAGCACGGUCUUCUGUGCCACGGUCCUCUAUAAACAAGGGAACUAGUUCAUCUCUAUUAAGAAGCCGAAAUCCAUCUUCUGUUGAAAGCAAGAAAGUAGCUCCCAAGUCUUUGCAUAUGUCCCUAAGUCUGGGAACUCCCAACUCUGAUCCAUCUUCUGUCACCGGGAUUCGAAGAUCUUUCAUCAUGGAGAAAAUGGGGGACAAGGACAUUGUAAAACGGGCAUUUAAGACAUUUCAAAACAGUUUCAACCAAAUGAAAUCGUCUCCUCAGGAGGAGAGGUCGUCUGCUCCUAAGAUGCUUCCGACGAAAAAGAGAGAAACAACAAGAAUUCCCACUUCCGUGGCUGCUAAAAAGGAGAAUGGAGGGAUGCACAAAGCAAGUGGUCCAAUAAGAGGUACAGAUAGCAGAACUACCAGGGUUGCUCCGUCUCAGAAGUUGGAAGGAAAAUCUACUGCAAAAGUGGCUGGGAGAACAAGCCUCCAAUCAAGAUCUAAGGUUGCCCCAUCUCAGAAAGUGGAGGAGAAAUUUAAUGCCAGAGAGGGAGUGAGAACAAAUCUUCUAUCAAAAUCAAAGGAUGCUUCAAAGAAUGGGCUUCGCUCUUAAGUUUUGAUGAGUAGAAACAAAUCAUCAGCUACCCGGAAAUGCAUCAACCAUGGACUUUCAGGUUCGACGUUGGUGAAAAUUACUACUACUCCCUGAAGAGCCCCAUAUCAUGAAUUCAUUGUUUCCUCUGAAAGUCUUUGUCCAUCCAGAGUCUGUAGAUUGGAGUGGCAUAGGAUCUAUAAUGAGUCAGAUGGUGUCAUUCUAUGAGUUUCAUUAGUAAUAUACAGAAAGCUCACGGUGUCCUGAAACAGCCCCCAUAUAUAUAUAAUUGGAAAAUGGGCAUCUGUGUGUAUGACGUUGAAUUGUCUUAGAAUUGCCUCUUCUCUUUUUCCAGAUAGCUGCAAGUGCCAUACAUAAUGUAUACUUCGUAGUCCCCAGUUGCUACAUGAUGUUUGGUGAUCCUAGAAUCUUAGACUAGAUGGAGAACUUCGGAUUAGCCAUGAUAUUAUCCUUAUUUUUGGAUUAAUAAUAUUCUCUCGUUGUAAAA